UUUUGAAAUGGAACUAAAAUUUGCACCAACACUUUCACAUCUACAUCCAAACGCGUCCUAUAAACGCCACCUUCACACCACUGUUCGUUCCAAAUCAACAGGCUCCGCCUCCGAAUUAGGGUUUUCCGACACCAAUGGCUGACCCAGAACUGGAAGCUAUCAGGCAAAGAAGAAUGCAGGAGCUAAUGGCUAAACAUGGGGGUGGAAGUCAGCAAACCCCUGAUCAGCAGAAAGCUCAGGAUGAAGCUAAAAGCGAGGCAGAUGAACGAAGGCAAAUGAUGCUUAGUCAGAUAUUGUCAUCUCAAGCACGUGAAAGACUUGCCCGGAUAGCGUUAGUGAAGCCUGAGAAGGCCCGAGGAGUUGAAGAUGUUAUACUAAGGGCCGCCCAAAUGGGUCAGAUUGUUGAGAAGGUUUCCGAAGAAAAGCUGAUAUCAUUGUUGGAACAAAUCAACACCCAAACAACCAAACAAACCAAAGUGACAAUUCAGAGGCGUCGGAGCGUGCUUGACGAUGAUGACUAGAUUAAUGUUGGUUUGUUCGACGGUUGUUAUAGUGUUAUCUACUACGCUUCUGGGUAGUGUUCACUUGACUUGUUUGUGUGGUUAAAGUUUAAGCAUUAUGUAAUUCUUUUAAAUUUGAUCUAUUCUUGUAAUGUGACUGGGCUAUUUAAACUUGAGUAGUUAUUUCUGGUGAA